AUGCCUCUAGACACCAAAUUUGCAAACUAUAUUCACACCAAGGCUCAAAAUGAAAGAUACCUCGAAUCGGAUGUUACACAACGUGAGGAAUCCAAAGCACGUCAAGAAACUAUGCAAAAACAUUUCAGUCAUCUUCUUUCUCAGCUUCGUCACUGUUGGUUCAUCCUCUAUAUAUCAUCGCUGCUUCAGGUCUCCUUUUCUUCCUGUAGGCAGAGGCAUUAUGUUGUUCUCUCUGAACUUCCAGAAGGAUCUUCGUCUCUUUCAUCAAUUCAUGGCCAUAGUUCACUAACUCAUGGUCAUGAUUCAUCAACUCAAGAUCAUAGAUAUGAUGUAUUUUUAAGUUUUAGAGGUGUUGACACUCGUCUUAGUUUUACUAAUUAUCUUUAUGAGGCCCUUAUUGAUGCAAACAUCACUACCUUCUUGGAUGAUGAAGAGAUUGAAACAGGGGAAGAUCUGAAACCAGAAUUGGAAAGUGCAAUUAAGGCAUCUCGGGCUUCUAUUAUCAUCUUGUCUAAGAAUUACGCUUCUUCAACAUGGUGCCUCGAUGAAUUGGUGCUGAUCCUUGAGCAGCGUGUGACAUCAAACCAUAUUGUCAUGCCCAUCUUUUAUCAUGUGGAGCCCACCCAUGUUAGGAAACAACAAAGUAGCUUUGGAGAUGCAAUGUCUAAGCAUAAACAGAAAAUGGAUGAAGAGACAGAUGAAAGUAAAAAAAGUCAAUGGGCUCAAAAGAUAGAGAGAUGGAAUAAAGCACUUAUCGAAGUUGCUAAUUUAAAAGGAAAUGACGUAAAUGGCAGGUUUGAGACGAAGUUUAUUGAAGAAAUUAUAAAGGACAUCUACCGUAGAUUACAUGUACCCUUACAGAGUGUUCGACCAAUACUUAUUGGUAUGGACUAUUCCAUUAACUUCAUCACCUCAUGGUUGAAAGAUGGAUCCUCACACACGGCAGACAUACUCACUAUUUAUGGUAUAGGAGGGAUCGGUAAGACAUCUUUAGCAAAACACGUCUAUGAGAUAUAUUCUCGUGAAUUCCACAAAUGCAGUUGUAUUGAAGAUAUCAGUAGGAUAUGUGAUGGAAAGUUUAAUGGGUUGCUUGAUUUACAAGAACAACUAUGCAAUGACAUUUCAAAAGCAAGUUCAAUUAAAGUUCAUGAUGUUUCAAUAUAUACCUCAAAGAUAGAGAAUGCAUUGGCCCGUAAAAGGGUGUUUCUUGUUCUUGAUGAUAUUAGUAAUCUUGUUCAGUUGGAUGCAUUACUUGGAAGCAAAGGUUUUCAUCCUGGAAGCAAAGUUAUAAUAACAACAAAGGACAGAUGGCUGACAGAGAGUUGUGCACUAUUCAAAACAAACAUUAAACCCAAGCAUGUAGAACACUUCCUUGAAGGAUUACAUGAGAGUGAAUCACGACAACUUUUGUUUUCACAUGCAUUCACUUGUAACCAUCCCAAGGCAGGUUAUGAAGAGGUUUUCGAUAAGCUUGUGAAGUAUUGUCAGGGACAUCCAUUGGCUCUUGAAGUUUUGGGCAAGUCUCUGCAUAAUCGGGAUAUGGCUUACUGGGAAGGGUUCAUUGAAGGGCUAAAGAAAGAAGUUAGUUCCCCUGUAAAUAAUGUCUUGAGAAUGAGUUUCGAUUCUUUGCCAUCUAAAAACGAUAAGGACUUGUUUAAGCAUAUUGCUUGUUUUUUUGUUGGAAUAGAUAGAUAUGUUAGCGAAACAAUAUUAGAGGCAUGUGAUAUAAACACAAGAUCCGGAAUUACGAAUCUCAUUGAUAAAUGUCUUCUUAGUAUUGGAUGGAAUAAUGAAUUGAAGAUGCAUCAAUUGGUUCAAGAGAUGGGAAGAUUUGAAGUAGGUCAAGAGUCACCUAACAAGCCAUGGAAGAGAAGUCAAUUAUGGUGUCAUAAGGAGUCAUUUAGAGUGUUGAAACAAAAAAAGGGUAAGGGAAAUCUUCUAGGCCUUUCCCUUGACAUGCGCAUGCUUGAGAAAGAGAAGUUGGGAGCAUCAUAUGAGCUUAAAACAGAUGCAUUGAGUAACAUGGAUAAUCUUAUGCUACUACAACUCAAUUAUGUGCACAUGCAUGGGUCUUAUGAGAACUUUCCAGGGGAAUUAAGAUGCCUGUGUAUGCAUGGGUUUCCUUUAAUGUCUAUACCUUUAAACUUACCUAUAGAGAAUCUUGUUGCUCUUGACAUGUCAUAUAGCAAUAUUGAAUCAUUUGUCAGUUGUUAUAGUAAUCCACAACGACUUGAGAAGAGGAAAAAGUUGGAUGGAUUCUUCUUCAAAGAGAAAAUGUUAUUUGGUUCACUGAAGAUUCUUAAUUUAAGUUACUGCAAACAACUUCAUAGUGUUGGUGAUUUUGAUCAACUCCCUGCGCUUGAGAUGUUGAUGCUUAGAAAUUGCAUUGGUUUGCUUGAUGUUUGUGAAUCAAUUGGGCAUUGUGUUAAACUUGUUCUAGUUGAUCUGAGCUACUGCAAGAAGCUUGAAAAACUUCCAAGAAUUAUAGGCAUGUUAAAGAAGGUUAAAACAAUGUUGUUAGAUGGCUGUAAUCUUGGUGAAUCUCGAAUCAAGAAUAUGGAUAUGGAUUUAUUGGAUACUUGCACUGUUAACAACAUUGGUAUAAACAGAAGAACCUCUUUCUAUGCCUUUAUGGGUGUUAUACCACAUGAUUUGAAGUCCAUUGCAAUGUCUUUACCAAGGUCUUUAGUAAGUUUGUCACUUGCAAAGAACAAGUUGUCUAAUGAAUCCUUUCCCAUGGACUUUAGUUGCCUAUCCAUGUUAAAGGAGUUAUAUUUAGAUGGCAAUCCUAUCAAUUCCAUGCCCAAUUGUGUGAGAUCUCUUCCUAGACUUGAGAUACUUAGUAUGGGGAAGUGUAAAAAAUUGAAGUCAGUUGAGUAUCCUCCACGUACACUAAGAGAGUUGUUUAUUAAUCCUGAUCAUGUUUUGUAUCGUAUAGAAAAAGUUGUAUUUGAUCCUGAAAUGUCCCCACUCCAGUUAUCAAUAAGAUGGAUAGGUUACGCAUCUUGGAUAGUUCACGCACUUGGUUCUUAUGAAAUUGAAGGCUUGGUGAAAAUCCAAGCAAUGGUGAGUGUUGAGGAAAAGGUAUUACAUAGCUUGGGCUGGAGUAAUUUAGACUUCCUUAACGAAAGAUGCAUGGUAACUAAUUCUUCAGAAUCUGAAAUUAAGGUGAUGAUUUAUGAAUUUGGAAUAUUUAGCACAAGGUAUGAGGCAGAGGAGAUGCCGAGUUGGUUUAGGCAUAGAAGCUUGGGGUCAUCAAUAUCAUUUACCAUCCCAUCAUUAUCUCCAAACAACCUCCUUAUAGGACUCAACUUCUGCUCUGUGCAGACAAGGCAAGUUUUGGAUGAGCUGCCUCCAUUCAACCUUACGCCAAUGAUCACAAUUAGUAAUAUAACAAAGAACUACAUAUGGAUGUACGAACGUUACAGGGAUGAAUUUAGUCCAAAUCAAAAUUAUAGGGUGGUGUUAAGUCAUUGGAUGUUUGGGAUGAAUGAGAUGGAAGGAGGUGACCUGGUUACCAUUACUGUUACAAAUCUAGAUAAUGAAGUUGUAAAGGAGUGUGGGGUGAGUCUUGUGUAUGAUGAAGGGGAAGAAAAAAAAGAAGAAGAUGCAUUGGGUUAUUACAAGUCAUGGAAUCACAUAAUUGGUGGAGAUCUCUCUCCUUUUCAAACAACAACAGGACAAUACCUCCUAAACAACAAGCGAUUUUUUUAUUAUGGGAUUAUUUUGUAUCCAUAUCAUCGUCAAUUCGUUCCGGAUGGCCCAAACUUUCAAGCACAAAAGGAAAAGUGUUGGUUUAGAGCUUUAUCCCCCAGGAAGAGGAAACCUAACAUACUUGGUCAUGGUCGUGCAUCUGAGGGCGAGGGGGAAUCUUCUAGGUCCCACACUUCAAAUGAAAAUGCUUGAGAAGGAGAUGUUGAAUUACUGUCUGAAUUUGAAACUCAGUGAGUUAUAUCCUAAUUUUUUCUGGAAGAAUUAAGUUGGUUUGCUUGUUGUCACCUCUAGUAAUGAUUUAUCUUUUUCUGUUUUUGUUUUGAUAGUUGUAUCUUUGAAUGCCAAAAACAGGGGAAAACAAUAUGAAUGGUUUUUUAGUUAGUUAAUACCAUAUGUAAGGAAUAUGAUAUAAG